AUGCCAAAGUCAAAACGAUCACAAUCGAAUGCCUCCAGCGCGACGUCGACUGAACCGACGACAGAAUCCUCUAUCUCCACAACACCCUCCUUCUCCUCCGUCUACCCAUACUCCAGUCUAUUCGAUAAACCGCAAUUCAGGGUCCUGAUCGUAGGAGCAGGCAUUGGAGGUCUCAUGCUCGGGUACUGUUUAGAGCAAGCAGGGAUCGACUUCGUGGUUCUCGAGAGGAUGAAUCAGCUCCAAGUGCCCAAGACGACGAUACAAUUGACCUCUAAUACUCUUCAUGCAAUGGAGCAGAUGGGCUUGUUGGACGAGAUCAUGGAGAUUGCCAAACCAAUCUCGUGUGUCAAUCUGCGAAAACAUAACAUGUCCGUUGUAGGCAGACUCGACUGCACCUUUGCCAAAGACAGGUAUGGAUUCUAUUCCUACAUCGUUCAGCGGACAGAGUUUUGUCAAAUCCUCAUUUCGAAAAUGCGUCACGACCGUAUCCUCUGGGGUCGCUACGUUCAUGAUAUCGUCAAUGGGGAUGCCGGUGUCCAGGUCCGUUGUGCAAAUGGCCACGUCGAACAGGCUUCGGUUCUUGUAGGGGCGGAUGGCGCCCACUCGGCUGUCCGACAAAACCUCUACCGAAGCCUGAAAGGAAAGGCAUACCUGCCAAAGUCCGAUAUGGAGGCGCUCAAGUUUACACAGAACGCCAUCAUUGGUCUGACCAACCCCUUGAACCCAACUCAGUACCCAGGCGUCAGCGAUGAGUUUGGCGAGUGUAACAUUGUCAUCGGCAAGGAAUCUCCCUAUACGCUGUGGAUCUCUCCAACGUCAGGGGACAAAGUCAACUGGAGCGUGACUGGGCCAAUGUUGACGAGCAGCGCUAGCGAUGAGAACUUUAUGGUGUCGCAGUUUGGACAAGAAGAGGCCGAGAGGACGUGUUUGUUGAUCAAGGAUCUUAAGAUCCCGUUUGGCGGCACCCUUGCCGACUUGAUCAAGAACACAUCCAGAGAGUGCAUUACCAAGAUCCUUGUGGAAGAAAAGUUUGUCUCAUUUUCGGGUCAAGGAGCCGAACAAGCCAUCAUGGAUGCAAUAUGCCUCACAAACCUCUUCCACAAGCUCGAAUCGCCCUACACCCACAGCGAUAUCCAACUAGCCUUCGAAGCCUACCAAGAGGAACGUCUGCCCGCAACCAAAGCUGCCGUCCAGUCGUCAGGCCAGGUCGCCAAUACGAUCAAUAGCCAGGGGUGGAGUGCGGAUUUGAAACGCAGACUGGCGUUCAACUUACCGAACUGGAUCCAGGCCGCGUCGGUGGACAAGACGCAAGCGAGGCCGUUGUUGAAUUUCUUGCCGCCGAUUCGGGAUCGCGGGGCGCGGUCUGUCAAGUCUUUCAAGUUGAGUAAUGAUGAGAAUGGGCACCGAUCUACUCGUUCCCUCAGCAGCGUCAAAAGCUAG